UCCUCGAGCCACUGCGCCGACGGGACGCUUAGCCAUGGCCUCCGUCUCCAUCCCCUCCUACCUCGGGCCCUAGGCAGAGCACUCACAGCCCCGGACCCUAACCCCCAUCCAUGCGAGGGCUGCAAAGCAAUGGCGCCCGCCUUGGUUGCCAUCGCCACCGCCCCCUUCCGCAUCCUCCCAUUCCGACCCUUCCGCGGGAGGGCGAGGCGGCCUCGGCCAAUUAGGGCUUCGGUCGACACGGAUGGCGUUGCUGGCGGGGAGCGGAAGGUAGGGGCUUUGGAAAGGAGGGUGGGAGACCUGAGGGCGCUCGUCGCUUCCGUGCCCCCUGCUGUUGUUUCGAUCCGGAAAAACAUUGGUCCGAAUUUUGUUGCUGGUUUCUGUCUUGGCAUUGCAGUUUUGGCUGCUGCUGCAAGGCAGGUCAUCGUAAGAAGUCGAGAGCAUGUUAAUAGAGGUUCUGUUGCUGAUCUAGUAAGGCGUGGGCAGUUAAAAUCAGGGCAGCGAGGGAUUGCAAAGCUCCGCACGUAUGAUGAUCCUUUCAGUAAUCCAUUAGUCAAGAUUGAUGAGGGUACUUCUACUGCUAAAAUGUUUGGAAAGGAGUACCGUUUGGCUCCUGUUAGGCUUACGAAAGAACAACAAGCAAUGCAUCAGAAAAGGAGAUCACACGCAUAUCAGUGGAAAAGGCCCACUGUGUUUCUUAGAGAAGGUGAUUCCUUACCACCAGAUGUUGAUCCAGAUACAGUUAGAUGGAUUCCAGCAAACCACCCUUUCACUGCUGCUUCAAGUGAAGUAGACGAGGAGACUGCCAAACAGAAUGUUUAUCAAAAGGAUGGUGUUCCAUCCCGUGUUAAAGCUGAAUAUGAAGCAUUUCAGACAAGGCUGGAGGCUUCAAAUGAUGUUACAAAAUUCCCGUCCGAUCCAAGGAGUACGCAGAGUAAUGAGAAACCACUGAGGUCAUCAGGUGAGCCAUCUGGGAGUCUUCAACGCUCAGAGUUUGACUCGUUGGAGAACCAAAAUGGACAACCAAUCAUCGACUCUGGUAAACAUAGCUCUGAUGACAGUUCACUAUCGAAAAGAUUGGAAAGGCAAUAGAAUUCGAGUAUCGUGAACUCUUCGGUAGUAUUUGCUUUGUUGUGUAGCGUUCUCAGGUUUUAGCUGCAGAUAGAGAAAUUUUGGAUCAAUCGGCUCACUGGCUUUACAUAGUGUGUGGUUAAUGCGGAGCAUCGCUAUGAUGUGCACUUAGAUGUUGUAAAUGGAUAUUUUCUUUGUCAGAAA